AAACAAACAGCUAACGAAACAAAGUGGACGAAUCACAACCAAAAAACAAAGAAACAGAGGCAGAGAUAUAUGAUUAUGAAUUUCUCAACAGAACCCUCUGCCUCACGCUUACCAUUCUGAUCUCCACUUCUUCGCUGUUUGUAACACGUUUCAUGCAAUUUAAUUCUUCUUCUUCUUGAUUUUAUGCUGCCCUUUUUCUCAGACACCCGUUACUGGGAAUUUCAAUUUUCAUUGGUUUUGUCAAAUCGAUUUUCCCAAAACCACUCGCCAAUUUUAUUUUAUUUUUGCUAUGUUUUCGUCAAUUCUUCCUUGUUUGUUGUUAAAGAUUGAAUCUUUCCUUUCAAUUUUGAAACUUCUGAUUAUGGGGUAUGUGUAGGUGCGACGAAGUGAAAUUUCGUUGCUGCAAAUAGUGAGAAUUUGCUGUCUUUGGUCAGAGUUGCUCCGAGUGAUCGCUUCCCCUGGUGCGACGAAGUGAAAUUUCGUUGCUGCAAAUAGUGAGAAUUUGCUGUCUUUGGUCAGAGUUGCUCCGAGUGAUCGCUUCCCCUGGUGCGACGAAGUGAAAUUUCGUUGCUGCAAAUAGUGAGAAUUUGCUGUCUUUGGUCAGAGUGGCUCAGAGUGAUCGCUUCCCCUGAAAUCUCCUUUUGGCACUUUAUUUUCUACACCUUGGUCUACUGAGGUUAUUGAGUGCAGCAAAUGCUGGCAGGUUCCCCGUCUUCUCAUAUGAGUUCGUCUGUCUUAACAUCUCAAGGAAUAUUUACAACUUCAAGAAUUGGAAGUAGUGAAUUCCCCAAUAGUGGGGCCUCUUCUUCUUUUACCCAGCCUAUGGAAGAUAUGAAUGAAAAUGAAGAAACAGACUUGCUCUCAAUAUCAUGGAAUCAGGACUAUGGGUGCUUUGCUGCUGGCACAAGUCAUGGGUUUCGUAUCUAUAAUUGUGAGCCUUGCAAAGAAACUUUCAGACGUGAUUUAAAAAGUGGUGGUUUUAAAAUUGUAGAGAUGCUGUUCCGAUGCAAUAUUCUAGCACUUGUUGGUGCUGUAGCUAAUUCUCACUAUCCACCAAAUAAAGUUUUGAUAUGGGAUGAUCAUCAGAGCAGGUGCAUUGGUGAAUUUACAUUUAGGUCUGAUGUUCGUGGAGUGAAAUUAAGACGCGAUCGAAUUGUGGUUGUUCUUGAGCACAAGAUAUAUGUUUAUAACUUCACAGAUUUGAAGCUUCUUCAUCAGAUUGAGACUCUGGCAAAUCCUAGAGGGUUGUGCUGUCUUUCACACUAUUCAAAUACAUUUGUUUUGGCUUGUCCAGGUCUUCACAAGGGACAGGUUCGAGUUGAACACUUCGGACUGAACGUGACAAAAUUGAUCAAUGCUCAUGAUUCUCAAAUUGCUUGCUUCACUCUGACAUUGGAUGGGCUCCUUCUUGCAACUGCUAGUGUAAAGGGCACUUUGAUUAGAAUCUUCAAUACAAUGGAUGGGUCUCGUUUACAAGAAGUAAGAAGAGGGGUAGAUAGAGCUGAAAUCAACAGUAUAGCUUUGUCUCCAAAUGUCCAGUGGUUAGCAGCAUCAAGUGACAAAGGCACUGUUCAUGUAUUCAGCUUGAGAGUGAGAGUGUUUGGGGAGGAUAGUGUGACUCAGCCAAAUGCUGUUCAAGGGCCUGCACUGUUUCAUCAGAAUUCUUCAUCUUCUUUAGAUCCCUUGAUUUCUCCAAAUACUGGUGCCAACCCCAAUUCAUCAUUAUCUUUCAUGAGAGGAGUUUUACCAAAAUAUUUUAGCUCAGAAUGGUCAUUUGCACAGUUCCACUUGCCUGAAUACACUCCUUUCAUUGUGGCAUUUGGAUCUCAGAACUCUGUGAUAAUUGUUGGUAUGGAUGGGAGUUUCUACAAAUGCAGCUUUGAUCAAGUACAUGGGGGAGAGAUGGUGCAACAGGAGUAUGUUCGUUUCCUAAAAUUUGAAAAUAGGCCCAGAUAAAAGCAUUUCAAGUUGCUCAACAUCCUUGCCAAGCAGCAAUUAUCCUCAAGCCAUGUAAAUAUGUGUCCAGCACCAGGCAAUAAAACUCUUCUCAUUUUGUGUAAAUACGAUUCCCCUGUAUUGGAGGAUCUGGAGACAUUUUUUUUGUAUAUCUUGUAUAUUUUGGGGGGGAAAUUGAAAUUAAAAAGGAGAAAUAUCGAAGCAACAGCUGCAUCACAAAUAAAUCACUUGCUGAAUAUCUCUUGCUUUUUAUAUCAAGUCGCAUGGGAUGUUUUGCUGGAGUAUAUUGUCAUGUUACAUGGCUCCAUUCAUUCACAUGUAUAUAGUUGCGUUUGGGACUCUCAAUAGUAUUCCAUUUACUUGGAUAUGGUUUGAUAAUAUAAAGAAACUGAAACUUAUAUACUACCAUACAUUUUGUACAGUGUAAGUAUUCCAUUUGGUUAAUCAACCGUUGCUUAAA